CACUGACUGCGAGUGAGACUCAGUGUGCAGAGCACUUCUCAUAAUGUUUGGUUUUCUGGAUGGAAUGUCCACAUCACUGGGAUCUCCGGGAAAGGGAGAGGUGAAAGCUGAGAGAGAAUUUAUUCUCCGAGGAUUUUAAAGGACAGGAGGCCAACUACACGGCACAGUCUCAAGCUACUGAUUGAAAAGGAAAGAGAAUACCAAGGAAUAAAGGUGGAGAAAAUGAAAGAGAAGUAUCUGCCCUGAAAGAGGAUCUGACCGAGCUGAAGGGUUUUGCACUGCUAGUUGUGAAGGAGCAACAGUGUCUGAGUGAGCUGCUGGAGGAACACAGGCAUUGUGUCAAAGAACUGACGGCCAUCACUGACCACAUCAAGCAGGACGUGGGUACUGCUUACUCUCGUGCAAAGGAAGAGGUCAAAUCACUCCAUUCACCGGUGGAGCCCCACAACCAAGUUUAAAUCUUCAGCCAAAACAAGAUCACCAUGACGACCCCAAGUCUGCUGUCAGAGGUGGAGGUACUAAGAAGAAGAGUACUGGAAAUGGAAGGGAAGGACGAGGAGCUGAUACGCAUGGGGGACCAGUGUUGCGACCUGGACCGCAGACUAGCGAGGGAGAUCAGCCAUGGCCGUAGCCUCAAAGUUGAGGUGGAUAACCUGAAUGGCAGAAUCGGUGGAUUGGACAGGAUCGAGGAGACUUUAAUUAAGAGCAAACAGGACCGUAGUAUUCUGAAGAGCAGCUUGGAGCGAGAGAGAGAGGUUAGCAAGGCAUUGUCGAGUGAGCUUGAUAAUUUGAAAGUCAAGGUGAGAGAGCUUGAGGCAGCUGAAGGACAAAUGGAAAAGUGUGAGGCAAUGAUUAGACAGGACCUGGCCCAGCUCAGGUCACUCACUGUGGCUUUGGUGGAGGACAGGAAGACCAUGGCUGAGAGGCUACGGCAGGCUGAGGGAAAACUCAACAGGAAGGAGGGCAAUAGACAUGAGCAAAGCGUUACGUCAACAAUGACAGAAAGACUCAGAGAGGAGAAGCAGCAGGCACCGAGGUCUCAAGCAGAGUUAGAGGGAAAGCUUAAGGACAUAGCAAAGGAAAAAGAAGAGCUCCAAGACAGACUACAAACAGAGGAGGGAAGGAAUAUAGAGCUACAGAAUAAAGUAAUAAUAAUGAAGAGAAGAUUUCAGAUCAUGGAAAAUAGGAAGGAAAAAGAGGAGAAGUACACGCACGGCUCUAUUCCAAACAACAUAAGCCAUCACUGCCAAACAGAGGACAACCAAGUCAAAGAACUGACCCAGGAGCUGGACAGGCUGCGAAAGAGACUCCGGGACAAGGAGGUGUUUGAGGGUGAACUGUUGAAGGUGGAAGAGGACUUUGAGUCCCUGGAAGAGAGGUUCAAGGAUGAACAGAGGAGGUCUAGGGCUCUAACAGAGGAACUAGAGCUGGCAAAGAGGGAGCUUUCCAGGUACGAGCAGGCAGAGAAGCCGGAUAUCAACCAGGAACACCUUCUUCUUUGUCGUCUUCAGAAGGAACAGGUUAAGUCCAGACUCUUAGCCAGAGAAGUAGAUACCCUGAAGGAGAAACUCCAGAAGCUGAUGGGGACUGAGGCAUCAAUCUGCAGGGUGCAGACAGAUCACUUCUCAUUGCAGAGGAAGUUGACCCAGCAAGAGGCCAGGAACAGAGAGCUGGCCAGAGAGAUGAAGGAACUGAGUAGUGAGCUGGACAGAUAUAAACGAAUUAAGAAUCUGACACCUGGUAGUAACAGAAAACUCUUUUCAGACCUCCAUCAGACCACCAAAGAGGUACAAACUGAGCAAGAAGACAGCCAGCCUCCUGACUACAGUGAGCACAGCGAGAAAGUAGAUGAAGAAAACGAUGACAAGGACCCGAACCACAAUGCACAAGUCAUAAACAGAAGAAGCUCUCUUGACAGUAACCUCAACAGCUUGAACAGUGCAAAUAACAACAUUUGCCAAUACAGCAGCCAUUCUGGCAAUGGCAUAGAUAUGCAUCAAACAGUUAAUGGGGAGGUGAUGAUGUUAACACACACACGAGGGCAGCCCUUGCACAUCAAGGUAACACCACAUCAUAUACUCAACACAGCAACACUUGAGAUUAGCAGCCCCACUGGAGACACAGCUCCAUCAUACACCAGCACGGCUGUCAUUCCAACAAGUGGAGCUUCACCCAAGCAGAGAAUUACCAUCAUCCAGAGCUCAGGUCUGCCUGCGGUCAAUACUAAAACCCCCCCAUCAAGCCCUGACCGCACCUUCUCCCCGCUUCACGGGACAACCAUAACUCGAGUGUUAACUCCAAAUACAUCACGCUCUGUGACACCCGACCUCAAUGGCUCCCCCAUUCAGAUCGUAACAGUCAGGACCUGUUCUCCAGAGCCAAUGGAAGCGGCAAAUCAGGCUGUUUUUUGCAAGAGUCCAGAGUGGCAGAACGGCUGGCACCAUCAGAUGUCCAAUAGUGUCGACAUAAGUCCCAGUAUCAUCACCACGGAGGAUAACAAGAUACAUAUCCAUCUAGGGAGCCCAUAUAUCCAGUCUCUCAAUGGUACGACCCACAGCCUCCCACAACCAGAUGGAGCGUACUAUGUUCGACAUGAGCAAAGGACUCAAGUACUCGCCAAUGGCUGUCAGGUCAAAGGUGCUGCAAAGAUUGCAAGUAGCAUCACUAUAUCCCCUGGUAGCUCUUCGGCCUCACAUUCCUCAUAUAAUAAUACAGUAAGUGGCCUUUGUGACUAGGUGAAAGUACAACACAGGUUUUUCAAUUAUAUUCCUGGACUACACAACUAUAACCACAUCCUCUUUUCAUUGAUAACCAAAAAUUUGUUGUAUUUAGUAUCACUGACAAUAUAAAGAUUUUUCAAAGAGAAUUAGAUGAAAACCUGUUUUUUAUAAUUAGUAUUUAGUUUUUAACAACCCUUUAUUGUUGGUUUGACAUGUGUGUAGUACCUAUCCAAGAGCUAAUUGAGAUAUCAUUGCAAUCAAAUGCAUUAUGUACUUUUCAUAAAUUUUGUUAAUGUUUUUUUUCUGUUCAUUAAAAUCAUUUCUGUUGUUUUUACUUA